GCUCUCUCCCAGGCUGCUCCUAACAGUGGUGAUAGAGGGGGAAAGCUCUUUCUAUGGUCCCGUGCUCUGGAUGUGCACCCAGAGGUUGGUCUUAGGCUGAGGGAUGUGAGAAAAGGCUCUGUAGAAGGGAGCAAGGAUUCCAAUGUGCCCAUGGAUGGGCCCACAGAGAUGCCACCAACACCAUCCAGGACAGUGUGAGCAAGGCCAGAGCCACAGAAUGGCCAGGGCUUGUUCUUCACUGAGCACAGGUGAGCCCAGAGCAGUUUGGUGUGGCCAGUGGGGGCUGUGGAGAUAAAUGGACCUGAAAGGAGGCUCUCCAAGGAGCUGCUGAUGCCUUCUUGGGGCUACCUAAAAAGAGAGGCCAGACAAAAUAAAGGGAAUAAUAAACAGUUAUAUUUAUUGAAGGACCUUCAGGUACAUUUCAGGCAGAUGAAGUGCCCCAGGAGCUACACCCAAAAUGGACUUUCAUGGGUUAUCAGACUUUUGUAACUUUUAUAAGUUUGGUCCAUUUGCAUAUUGUAAUCUUCCAAUUACAGCUUCAGCUAAUGAAGUAAUUAACCCCAAAUUUGUACCCACUCACCCACCCCAACAAUUCACUUUUGUUUACAUUUCUUGGGGUCUGACAUAGUGAGGUGUCCUUGAUUCCCAGGUCUGGCGAGGAAUUGUUUUAUCUGACUAAAAUGGGAAAGCAGUAGCUAGCAAUCUAUAUGGGGUUUAGGGUUAUACACUAAAGAAGUAUAGGCUUACAAAUAUAUGAAAAAUAUAGAAGCUAGAAUACUAAGGCAUCAGUGCCAAAAUUAGCUGAGGCUGGGGGAGGUUAGACAGGAGAGAGGGCCAGAGGAGGUGCCCAGAACAGGAAAAGGCCAUAGGGCACCCUGCUGCCAAAACUUCUUGCCCAUGGAAUAUCCAAGGGAAACCAUAAAGGUCAGAAGAAAGAAGAAAGAAAAGGGUAGAAAAGGGUCUGGAAGAAGUCCAGCUUUGCCUUUUUCCCCUGAUUUACACCCAUACAACCCCCACCCCUACCCAGCCCUGAGCCUUCCCUGUUAUUCCUGCAGGGCCCAGUUAUGGCAGAGCUUGCAGACACAGAGGGGACAGGAUGUGCUGCCUGCAGCUCACAGGAGGGCAGGGAGCUACAAACACUGCCACCUUCAGAGAAGGACCCUGGACAAGCUACCCCAGGUCCCACACAGCCAAAUUUAGUGCCAGAAUCCAUUUGUUCCCUUCUCCCACACGCACUUGCCCGGUUUCAUUCACCCUUCAUUAUUGCCAAAGGGAGCUCUGGCUACAUCACCCAGAGAAGAUGCAGUUGGGGUGCACCUGGCUCCAGGUGUGGGGUGGAAGGGAGCAGCAGUCUGGCGGAAGGACCAUUGGCUGCUGCAGUGUGGGACUGGGGGAUGUGGAUGGAUGAGGAGUGGGACCAAUCCUGUGGGGUGCACCCAGACCUACAGGAGGGAGGUGUUGCUGUUCCUUCUGCAAUGAAAGACUCUGUAGGCCAGGAAGAUACAACUGCCCCUGAAAAGGUGAAAAAGGAAGUCAAGUUCAUUCCCUCCUAUUUCUUUCUGUUGAGCCAGCAAACUUGUGGGCUUGUGGUUGCAAAACAACCCUCUAUUUCAUAAGGCAGAGAAGAAGCCAUUUCCCCAUCAAGUGACCGGAUCUAAGAAAGAGAAAGAAAAGGCCUGAUAGCCUUUCCCCCAAGGCCUGCAGGAUCCUAAGUCAUCACAGGGGCCCAGCCCUGGGCAUGUGACAGGGACAUUGUAGUUCGAGUUCAACCAUUGCAGCCCUGCAGUCGUGCUGCAGAAACCCAAGCCCUGGGACAGAAGGUGGCUGUGGUGGACAGAAGGUGGUAACGAGGUCGUAUCAGGAGCCACAAGAAGCCACCCAGCUGCUCAGUGCCUCUGGUCAAAGCCUUCCUCUGAAGAAGCCCUGCUUGAGCUGAAUACAGAGGGAGCCAAGAGGGACGUGAUGCUGCCUGUGACCCAUGUGCUGGCCUUCGGUGAGUGCCAGAGGCUGUGGGAGCUCCUAGAGGGCGGCAGGAGGUGUCCAGACACUCCACAGCGAUGUUACACAGCUGCUUCUCUUGCAGGUGCUUGGCUGGUGGCACAGAGCGAGGUUACACUGAGUGAGUAUCUUGAGGAGGUAGAUGGGGAGUUUGGACACAUUUCUGGGCCCACCCAUCUCUCAGGGCUCUUCCACAGCCCCCUGGAACAAAACUCACCCUUAUGUGGAGACAGGGCCUGGUGGCAGCCCUGGGUUCACAGCAGGGCAGCUGCUGGGGGCUCCCUGCCUGUCUGGCGGCACCUCUCUCCCUGUGCAGGUGCCCCCACAAUCUCCAUCUUCCUGAAGCCACCUGGGGUGAUCCCACUAGGAGGCUCCACCACCAUCUGCUGCAUUUGCCAGCACAGCUCUGGGAGCUUCGUGCUGUACAAGGGCAGCCGCCGGCUCCGUACCCAGAGUGGCAGCAGGGCUGAGUUCUCCAUCUCUAACGCCACCUCCCAGGACAGCGGUACCUACAACUGCCAUUACCUGCAGGGAGGCACUGUGCUGGCUCGAAGUGAGGAACUGGAGGUCUUUGUGGAAGAGCUCCGUCUCCCCAGACCCCACCUCUCUGUCCUGCCUGGCCACGAGGUGACUGCAGGAGCUGAUGUGAUGUUCUGCUGCAGCCCCACACACCCCAGCACCGGCUGUUACCUGUACCUGGAGGGGCAGAUCCGAGCCCAGCUACUGUCAAGGGAACGAGGUGACUACAACCUCUCCCACGUGCAGAACGGUGACAGCGGCCGCUACAGCUGCCAGUGCUACACCAUCAAUGCUUCCAGAGAAUGGUCUGCUGUCAGCAACACCCUGGACUUGGUGGUGAGAGAUUACACGCUGUGCAACACCGUGCGCCUGGCGCUGGCGGCUGCGCUCCUGCUCCUGCUGCUCCUGCUGCUGCUGCUGGGGCCGCUCACAGCGGGGGCGGCGCGGAGCCACAGCUGGAGGAGCCACAGCUGAAAGAACCACAGCUGGAGGAGCCACAGCUGGAGGAGCCACAGCUGAAAGAACCACAGCUGGAGGAGCCACAGCUGGAGAAGCCACAGCUGAAGGAGCCACAGCUGGAGGAGCCGCAGCUGAAGGAGCCACAGCUGGAGGAACCGCAGCUGGAGGAGCCACAGCUGGAGGAGCCACAGCUGGAGGAGCCACAGCUGGAGGAGCCACAGCUGGAGGAACCACAGCUGGAGGAGCCGCCCGCUCCCCGCAGGCAGCGCUGCCCCGCCGGGCACCGCCCCGGGCAGGCCCUGCCAGCGGCUCCAGCUGCGAUAAAUAAACCGGCCCUGGCGCCAUCCCUGUCCCGGUUCCUGUCCUGGUUCCUGUCCCACUGGCGCCAUCCCU